AUGAAACACUUCGACCGGACCACGAUCAAUCACGAUUCAAUCAUCGGGUCCGCGUCAGAUGUAAACGCUGAUAGUGUAGAAACUAUUAACCCGAAUUUGAUUCAAGAAGAUCCAGCAGAAGUUCAGAAACAAAUUAUACGUCAAUUAGUUACAUUAAAUGCUAGAAGUAAGGAGCAUGGAGAAUAUUUGCACACAAUUAUGAUGAUUUUGAAUGACAUGCAAGAAAGACAAAAAAUAUCUACUGAUCAACUAUCUGCAACAUCAUCAUCUAGCCAUGAAUUUGAAAAAAUUUAUGAAACUUUACCAGUAUCAAGUGAAGAAUCAUUAAAUAUUUUACAAAAUGCAUUAACUAACAAUGACACUUUAUAUAAUAAAACUGUAAAAAUGUUGUCCUUAAUUGGAGGAGGAGAUGUUAAGGAGUCGGUGAGGCGUAUAUUGCGAAAAUUAAUAACAAAUGAAUAUGCAAAAACAUUUAGCUAUACUGGUCACAAAAAUUCCAAAAAUGCAUUUAAUAAAACCAUUUUGUCAUCACUACUUAUAAUGUCCAACUGA